AUGGAACUGGUGCGAGAUUCUCUAACUUUCGAGCUUGUUUUCGCUUCACCGAUGAUGCUUGAGCUCUGCUUUUUAACUUUCUGUGAAAAAAUCUGUGAUCGAAGCAUUUUUCUCAGAGUAUUCGUCAUAGAACCUGCAUCUCUGAACCUCGAUUUCACUGAGAUCUUUGACUCCUGGCCGAAAAUCCCCCAGAAACUUUAUCCCGCCGGAAAAGUGUCUCCUGAUGAUUCUUCCGACGCCGGCGUGGCUGAGACCUACGCCUUCGUAGAUUCCGUACUGAAAGACGACAAAUCUGAGUUUGUUUCCCUCGUGAAACGCCUCUUCGUCGGAGAAGACGAAGAGUCCGAGAGAAGCGAGGCUUUGAAGCUUCUCAGCGCUUGCUGCGGUUACGAUGCUCUCAUCUGCGCUUCCUCCAUCAUCAACGGCGAUAUCGGAUCGGUUCCGUACAUCAACGACGUGGUUGCCGAGACGGGGCUCUCGCCGCUGCACACGGCGGCUGAGGCUAACUCGCCACGGUGUGUGGAGAUGCUGCUUAAACGACGCGCUCGUACGGAUAUGAGAAGCAAAGACGAACGCGCUUUGCUUCCUCUGGAGCUAUGUCUCUGCAACGGCAGCUUGGAAGUGCCCUGGAAUCCAAGUGGUGACUCUCUUGGAGACUUGAUCCUUCUGCUUGGUGACAAGGACUUCACGGUGGUGAAACUACUUGCUGAAAAGACAAAGGAAGUGGACGCCGUGGCACAUGCAUAUGCGAGGGCUGGUGCGAUAGUUCCUCUCACUGCAUUGCUGAUAGUAGCAAUUGACAAGAUCAGAGAGGCAACUGUGGCAUUUCAGGAUAUUGAUGAUUCUGUGUCGAAAAAGCGGAAAACAACGAUCUAUGAGUCUGUUAUUCAAGAAGCGCUGCGUAGUAACAGCUCGACGCAAAGUAUAUGUAGCCAGAAAAGAAUGCUCUUGCUUCGGGAGAUUGAACUCCUUCAGCUCUUUGGUGCUGCAGUUUUUAGUGAAGUUGUGAAUAAGCAAACCUCACCGCUUAUCUCCAUUGUACAGGCAGGAGAUGAAGCUGUUCUUGAACUGCUUAUUAACACCAACAUCGAUGUCAACGAAACAGAUGCAGAAGGGAAUACUGUUCUUCAAUGCAGCCUGAAGGGAUCAUCUGUGCCACAUAAACAGCAAACCAGUAUCAUGAACCUACUUAUUGCACAUGGUGCCCGAAUUACCCAAAAGAACAAGUUGGGUUUAUCUGCAGUACAUUUUGCUGCUGCAAAUGGAAAUUUAUCUGCACUUAAGAUUCUACUAGCGGCCAACCCUGAGUUGGUUCACGUCAAGACAGUAAUCAAAGAGACGCCACUAUUCUUUGCAGUGAGGAAUAACCAUCUUGACUGCGUUGAGCUGCUUCUUAAAUGUGGAGCAAGUACAGAAAUUCAUAAUAUACGAAAACAGAGACCAAUAGAGCUGACACAGUCGCAAGAUAUACGAUUCCUCCUUAACCCAACAAAAAUCAGUGGCUUUAGCAAAGAAGCAGAACUUGCUGCGCAGUUGCAUAGUGCAAUUCCAACAAAAGCAGAUGAUGAAGAAACCAGUUUCCUCGGAAAUUCCGUGCCACCAUGGCUCAAAACGUUUGUAAACUGGCUUCCUGGGUACCUCCAAGAUACAUCAACAGCACGCAACUGGAAAGGUCGAUAUCCCCUCUCAUCACUCAAAGCCGAUUUCCGCACUAUUUUUGGCAAGGAUCUCGAUCACGCCUCUCUUGGUUUCUCCAAGCUCAUCGACUUCAUCAAGUAUUUUCCAAAUCUCUGUCAAGUGAAAGCCGUCCCCAUAGGGAAAUCUGGAUCUGCAACCCAUUUGGUGAUGUUUCCCUGCAAGGUUUCGAAGCUCAAAGGAAAACCUCCUGAGCCACUCAUUAUCAACAGCAAUGACUCUCUCUCUCCCAGCAGACCGAAAGUCUCAUCAACCCCAGCUCUUAAAUUGAUUCCGCAGCCACAUGACUCUAAAACCUUGAAGCCAUUUCUAAACAGUGACUCUCUCUCUCCCAACAAACCGAUAGCCUCAUCAACACCAGAUCUUGUAUGCAGUGGCAGCUUCAUACAACAAGCACAUGAUUCUAAAACCAUGAAGCCAUUUCUCAACAGUGACUCUCUCUCUCCCAACAAACCGAUAGCCUCAUCAACCCAUGAUCUUGUAUGCAGUGGCAGCUUCAUACAACAAGCACAUGACUCUAAAACCUUGAAGCCAGAGCCAGAACCAGAACCCCAACCUCCUUUGGCUGCAUCUUACAGAAACCAUCAACAACUUAAACAUCCGGUUUUGGAGAUACUUGCAAAGAUCAGAAACAGCACUUCCAUGUUCUUUCUCCGUGAAUUCGACUUUUAUCAAAGCUAUGAGAAAUGUUUAAAGCAUGGAAUGUGUUUCUGGUGCAACGAGGGCAUGCUUCUAUGGGCAAACUUCCCAUGCCGGCACAAACUCUGGUGCAGCUCUUGUAAACAAAAGGUGACCCAAUUUGCAGGAGGGUGGCUUGACGAAGACCACCACAGAUGUGUGGUCUGUGACGCCAAAGUCGAACGUUUCAUCUUGUCCCCACCAUUUGGGUUCGAUCAUCAGAGGCUUUCAAGUGGUCUCCCUAACGACGUUGAAUUAGCAACUUCGUUCCUUCAGUUUCUGAGUUUAAGAAACUCCAUGAAUAAGCAAGGGACCAUUCAUUGCUCGGAUACAUCAUAUGGGGCAUAG